AUGCUUCUUCCCAUCCAAAACCUCGCUCUGCUGGCCGCUUAUGCAGUGGCCGUACUGGCCUGCCCGUCCCCCGCUAACGAACAACCGGCCGCAAAAUGCUCCCAGCUGCGCGUUAGAAAAGAAUGCUCCUCUGAGCAAGCGGCCUACAUCGACGCUGUACAAUGUCUGAAGAAUGCCCCUUCCAAGGGUACAAGCGUCUUCGAUACCCUCCAGAGUCGCUAUGAUGACUUUGUGGCCUUGCAUAUCAACGCCACUCGAGGAGGUCAGGAUGCACCGUCACUUAUCGACCAACCUCCAAACAACGGAACUCAGCCUCAAAUUACAAUCUACGGUGUCCACGGCGUUGGGGUCUUCCUUCCAUGGCACCGUUAUGCCAUCUGGACCUUCGAGUCUGUCUUGCGUACGGAGUGCAAUUACACCGGUACACAGCCAUACUGGGACUGGACCCUCGACAACCCUGCGUCCAAUGGAUCACUGUUCAAAUCCCCUGUCUUGAAAUCUUUCGGCGGCGAUGGAUCGGCAACGAACAACUGUGUCGAAGACGGUCCCUUCACCGGCGACACCUUUUUGAACAUUGGGCCGUUGGAAUCUCUGGCCAAAAACCCGCGUUGCUUGACCAGAGCGAUCACUGAGGAUCUUUUCAACACAAGCUCUGGCUGGGAGGAUAUUUAUCCACCGACGAUGAGUAGAAGGAGCUUCGUCCAGCUUCAGGCCUUCAUCGACAGUCUCGACUUUAUUACAGAGGAGGAUAAGGUAGAGACGGGAGCAUUUGUCAGCCCCCAUACGCUGGGCCACUCGGUCAUUGGUGGAGAUUUAAUGGACCUGUACUCAUCUCCAAACGACCCCAUCUUCUGGGUGCACCAUGCCCAACUCGACUACUUGUGGUCACUAUGGCAAAAGGCGGACAAGUCGCGUCUCGCUGAUGUGGGCGGCGCCAGGACGCUCGAUGGAUUCGGUCCCAGUGGUGACAAAGUUGAGCUCACUACCCUCGAUACCCCUCUCUGGAUGGGCUUCAUGAAUGACGACGUACCGGUCAAGGCAGUCAUGGACACUAUUAAUCGUGAUGGCGAGGGCGUUCUCUGCUAUGAGUACGAGGACUCUCCUUCUCUGGCUGGAAAACAGGGAUUCUAA